AUGAGUAUUCAACGCCAGUUUCCUGAUGUGCACUGGAUCUGGAAAGGAGGCAUCUCAUUCGUCUACGAGGUCCACCCUCGCAUCGUGGUCAAGGUACCAAAACCCGGGGAAUUUGAAGGGGAACAGUUUCGGAAAGAACUCAAGAUUUAUAAGAUCUUUUCGCAACACACAUCCUUCCCUUCUGUAGUGCAGUGCUUCUACUAUGCAGACAACGGGAUUUUUCUUGAGUAUAUGCGAGAUCAGCAAAAUGCGAUUGUCACCCAAGUGGACAUGCUGGAACCUCUUCCCCUACGAAAGAAAUAG